UGCCCCCGUUUCCCCCCACCCCGCCGCUGGGCUUAGCCUCGCACGGUCCAGUUAACUUGGGUCCACCCUCACGCCGCCCCGGGGUGCCGUCCGUCGGGACGGGGGGGGGGCGGCGGCGCGGCUCAGGCUCCGGGAGAAAAGUGAUUGCGAACCGGCUUGUGGGGACCAGUGGAGGCUCCGCUGCCGCCGGGAGGUCCCGAUGGGGCAAAGGUUUGGGAAAAGCCUUGACUGCCAAGCCAGUCGGGAGGCGAGGUUCUUUGAGCCCCGAAGUAAAAAAACAGUCACUAAAUCUUGCCUUAGAAAAGAGCAGUUUGGUUGCUUGGGCGAAGAACGGAUCAAAGAUUAAAGGCUGAGAAAGUCGUUGGGAGACUCCGGUGGUUCAUGAUAAAAGUGGACGAGUGUGAGCUAGGGCUGGGCUAGUGAGGCCCGUUAGAAGCAGCCUCCAUUUGGACGAGCUUUGGAAGACUGGAUGCACUAGUGGAAAGAGUGCUGAUCUAGGAAGCAGGAGGCUGCUUCCACAGGGGUCCUAGGUUGCUCCAUUUGAUUACGUCAGCAGCAAAGGAAGCGAACGAGAGACUACGUACCUGGCUGAAUUCAGCUCUCAGCUGUAUCUGAGGAAGUUUCAUUACCCACAGGGGAAAGAGGCAACUGACAAGAAAACCAUCAUUCUUCAGGGAUUUAAGAGACUUAACUUAUAGGAUGAAACGAGAGUGUUACCUGGCCUUGAUCCACGUGCUUCUUACAGUCUGCUUAUGUAUUGUCAUUAUCAGCACUGGGCUGUUUGAUGAUAUCUUCACUGAAGUUGGCUAUGAAUAUUAUGCAGAGGUUCCAGUUCAAUCCUUUCCGACCUUUCUAGCCAUGCCUUUCAAUUCUGUCAUUAAUCUGGGCUACCUGCUGUUGGGAUGCUACUGGCUUCUGAAAAAUAAGAAAGUCAUAGGAAAUGAUGAAGAUGUGAGACAGGCCCAUUACCUGAAAGAUGUCUUUGCAGGCAUGGCCCUGCUAUAUGGUCCUAUUCAAUGGGUACGCAUCUGGACCCAGACUCAUCACUCUGCUGUUCUGGACCAGUGGUUUACCUUGCCUAUUUUUGCUUGGCCAGUCGUCUGGUGCCGCUACCUAGAGGAUGGUUGGCAGCCCUGGUUGUUCCUUUGUAUUGAGUGUAUAUCCCUAGCCAGUUAUGGCCUUACCCUGUUCCACCAUCUUGGAUUUGAUAUAGCCCUAGCAUGUCACAUUCUUGCUGCUGUAUGGAGUGCCAUACAUGUACACCAGGAAUAUGGGGAUCCUGUCUCUGCCACAUAUAUCAGCCUGGCUUUGAUGUCUUGCCUGGGCUUCAUUGUCCUUAAGCUGGGUGACCAUUGGCUUGCUCAGUGGCCUCUCUUCAGGGAACUGACUGGACACUUCUGGUCCAAAACUUGCGACAUCAUGCAGUUCCACUUUGCGUUUUUGUUCUUGACACACUUCAGCUGUCCCCAAAGACGUAUUGCUGAGGAAAAGAACUAAAAAAGCCUCUAUCUUGAGUGUUUUAGUUAAUACAUACAUUUGAAAAAGUGUUCCAGCCAAGUAUAUACAUUCAUUCCAUGUUUAUGCUCAGUUCAUUUUCUGUUUUCCUCGUUUCUUUUGUCCAUGUUUUUCAUGGCCGUUAAAAUAAAAUGUAUUAAUUUAAAAAA